AAUUCAAUAACACCUUUUGCUGAACUAUGUUGUUUGAUUUCUCUGGCAUCCAUUAUUUUGUUUUCUCUCCUCCCUCUUCCGCCAUGAUGUUUUCUAAUGUGAAGUGAACAGCAGAGCUAGCUAACUAGCUAGUUUAGCCUUCAGUCUGUGGACUGUUGUGGAAGGGAGGUACGAUGGAUGGAUGCUUUGCCCCACUGCGUUUUACAGAUUUGUUUUAGUUUUGACACAAUGCGCCUUCUUCGUCAAAAUUUACACGUUAAAAUACUCCGCGCUGUUGCGGAGGGCUGCUAAGUCGCAGCGCACCGUUAAUAAAUGACCCAGGAGCAACGGUUUUUCGUUAUAGUUUGAAGAUUAACGCUAGCUGAGGUUGUUUUAAGUGGCUACACAGCUAGCCCCUCCUUGCUGUCUGUCUUGCCGUCGCAUUCUUGUGUCUUCUGCCCCAGGAAUGUUCUCCAAAAAACCUCAUGGGGACGUUAAAAAAUCAACACAGAAAGUGUUGGACCCAAAGAAGGACGUUUUGACGAGGCUGAAACAUCUCAGAAUUGUAAUUGAAAAUGCAGAGCCUGCAGAGUUGAAACAGUUCUUCGACCUGAACUACUCCCAUAUCUAUUAUGUCUUCUUUGAGAACUUUGUCACCAUUGAGGUCAGCCUCAAGCAGAAAGGUCACAAAUCUCAGAGGGAGGAGCUGGACUCCAUUCUCUUCAUCUUUGAGAAAAUCCUUCAGCUCCUGCCAGAGAGAAUCCAGAGCCGGUGGCAGUUCCACAGCAUCGGGCUCAUCCUCAAGAAGCUGUUGCACACAGGGAAUUCUCUAAAGAUCCGUCGUGAAGGUGUGCGCUUGUUCUUGCUGUGGAUGCAGGCAUUGCAGAGUAAUGCAGAGCGUGAGCAGCUCUGCAUGUUUGCCUGUUUGAUUCCUGGCUUCCCAGCUCCUCUCUGUCAUGGGACCCCGCGCACCCUGGACACUCUGAUCAACCCACCCUUGAGCUUAACAGAGACUCAGGUUACCCCAGAAGAGAUCACUCCAUUGGUUCCUCCCCAGUCUGGUGACAAGAACCAGGAAGACCUCACUGCUUACUUUUUAGAAGCUCUACUCAAAUACAUGGUAAACCAGGCCAAGUCUCUUGAGUGGCGUUGUAAAGAGAACCAUGAGCGUGGCUUCAGCUUCCUUUUUGGUCACUUCAGGAAGUUUUACCUUCCUCACAUCUUUCCCAAUUUUGCCAUGGAAACCAGCCUCUACAGUCCAAUACUGGAUGUGCCUCCAAUGCGUACUAAGCCUUACUACAGUGUGGUGCGCAGGGAGCAAGAUGGCGGUGAAACAUUGUACUGCACCAAGGAGAGCUUCCUGCAGGCCCGAGUCAUCUUUAUCCGCUGGCUGGUGUCCUUCUGGCUUGAGCCACGACCCAACACACAGACACACAUCCCAGGAACAGAGGGAGAGAACGUCCCCAAGAACAUACAGCGAGCAGCAGCCGGACUGGCGGCCCGCUCUGCAGGCAGCUCAGAUGACAGCAGUGGAGGUGCGAUUCGGUCCGACAGCCAUCUGGAAGGAAGUGGGUGCUCAUCUGGACCAGGCGGUGGAAGCAUUGGCUUAUCUGGGGGUCCAGGGGUUAUGGGCGAACCUGAACAAAGCCACUCCAACACGUCAACGUUGACAGAGAGGGAGCCCAGCUCCUCCUCACUCUGCUCCAUGGAUGAAGAGCAGCUGACGGACAUGGAGGUGGUGAGGAGAGUCCUGACCAGCUCCAGAACCAACGUCAACUUCAUCACAGAGAUCUUUAGACAGGCAUUUCUCCUUCCCAUGUGCGAAGCUGCAGCGAUGCGGAAAGUAGUCCGUGUUUACCAGGAGUGGAUCUCUAUGGAAGACAGGCCAGUGUUUAUGAAAGAGCCAGAGGAGGGCCCUUAUCCCAUAGCCACAGGAGGCGGCCUGGAUUCAGGCACGCAGCUCAGGGAGAAGGAGGAUGAGGGAAUGAACAAGGUGACUGACAGUGAACUGCUGGAGUACAGCGUUCAUGCUGGAGUUCAGACUACAUUACAGGUAUUUAUCACCCACUCGUCCAACGUUUUCCUCUUGGAGCCAGCCAAUGACAUCAAGAUCCUUUUGGAGGAGCAUGUCGACAUGUGCAAGCGAGUUCUGAACAUCUACCGCAGCCUUGUCAUGCAUGAGACCAUGGACCAGAAAACUUGGGAGCAGAUCUUGCUGGUUCUGCUUAGGGUGACAGAAUCGGUGAUGAAAAGACCUCCAUCCAUCAUGCCCCAGGGCAAGAAGAACUACACACUGUCAGGCAGACUGGCUGGACCUAUCUUUCAGACUCUUAUAGUAGCCUGGAUUAAGGCGAACUUAAACGUCUACAUCAGCAGAGAACUGUGGGACGACCUCUUGUCCGUCCUCUCCUCUCUCACCUGCUGGGAUGAACUGGUCACUGAGUGGUCACUCACAAUGGAGACCCUCACCAAGGUUUUGGCCAGGAACCUGUACAGUGUUGAUCUGAAUGAGCUGCCUCUGGACAAACUGAGUGAACAAAAACAAAAGAAACAUAAAGGAAAAGGUAUAGGUUCAGAGGGCCAGAGACAGAUUGUAGAUCGCUCCUUCUCCAAAGGCUGGAGCAGAGACCAACCAGGUCAGGCAGCAGCCAUGAGGCAGCGAAGUGCCACCACUGCUGGCUCACCAGGCAUCGAAAAGGCCAGGAGUAUUGUACGCCAGAAGACUGUAGCCCUGCGUAGCUGUUCUACGGGGGACUCUCUGCUGUCCUCAGCCUUUAUCCGCAGUGCUAAGAGUGCUCCUGCUCUGGCUCCGCCUCUUCCUGUCCUCCUUCACCACCACCACCCUUUACUACCCCCCCUUGCCGACCAGCUGGCAGACCUCGAGGACCCACCCAUCACAUUGACAUCCCGCACCUCUCGGAUGCGCCACUCCUCGCAGAGCGAUGAAGCCCCUCCCACCUCCUGUUCUGAGGUCUUCCAGGGAGGGGCUUGUGACCUGGAUGCCCCGGCCCCUUCCUCCCUCGCGAGGAGCAGCAGUGCCUCCGACAUCAUGGAGCCUUUCAUCGCUGAGCGGGUCAAAGGUGAAGACCCUCAGAGGGAUUCCGCUUUGAUUCCAAUCCCCCACCACUCCACAACUUCUUCCUUACUUGCAGCCAACAGCCACGCAGCUCAACCACUCCCACACCCCCCCACUUCCCCUUCUCCCACCUCUUAUACCUUCUCUAAUGGUGUUGUUGUCUCGUCCUCAGAGGGACAAGAUGAUGGUAGUGUUUAUGACCAGUUCUGGCACCAGAUUGGCUCCCGAAGCAAAGGUUCUAGUUCUGAUUGGGUAAGCGACUGGGAUUCUGCCUUCACUGGUUCAUCUGAAAAGGAAAUCAAUGGAGAACAGGGUGAAGAAGGUGAAACUGGGGAUGGGGUGGAGGAGGAUGAUUUAUUCUCCUCUAUUAGGGACUACCUCACUCACAAAGGAGGCGAGAGGAAGAAGGAGGCAGGAGAAAAAGAUAGUCCUGAUCAUGUACAUGAGAACAGUGUUGUAACCUUAACUGUACCUGUGCAAACAGGGGCAGCUAGAACACAAAUGGAAUACACAGGGCAGGUUGCAAGACAGAUGGUGAGAGAGGACAGACAGACUUGUAAGGAGGACAGACAGGUAAGUAAAUCUGUGAGACAUAGCACUGCAGAUUCAACAGACGAGAAUGAGGGAGAGCAGCGGAGCAUCUAUGAAUGCCUGGAGUUGCAGUGCCAGUGGCCUUCACCCAACGCUAGGGGAAGUGCUAGCUUAGAACGACACUCUGGGGAGAGGAAGGUAGGAGGAAACACAGGAAUGGCAGCAGGGUGGGAAGGGAAAAGUAACAUGUGGAGAGAAAUAGAAGAGAAACAGGAUGACAGAGAGGCAACUAAAGAGACAGGCAGUAUCUUUAGACAAGACACGAACACGGUAGAAUCUGAAUCAAAUCAGACUCCCCAAACUACUGACACCGUUAAGGCCAAGAUGUCUCGCACCAAAAGACAUCAUUCAGGGGGUGUUCAUGUCAGCUUUCGGCCCUCAACUGAAUCGGUUCAGUUCCACAACCCCCUUGAGAGUAAAGAGGCCCACUGGAAAGCCAGGCUGCGCCGUCUCAGUCACUUCCACACGCACAGCCACUCAGCUGGGGAGAGACCUGGGUCUGGUGCUGGGGCAGGGUCAGGUGUAAAGCUGGGAUCAGGGGGUGCAGGUAAGUUUGGAUCUGCAGCUGGUCUUAGCCAUAGAUCAGGGAUGCACGAGAAAUUAGCUACUGGGACUGUUCCAGAUAACAGCGGGGCAGGGAACCUCGCAGUAGCUGGAGGUCUAGAAAACAGGCCUGGGACUGGAGGGGACAAGGACAAGCAACAUCACGGUGCCUGUGUGGGAGCCAGCUUAGGCUCUGAGGCUCACUCAGAGGUGCCAUCAAUCAGUUCAGGUUUCUCUGGCGUGUCGUCAGGAGUGCGUGGUCGUUUGGGACGUUCCGCUUUGCGAUCUCGAGCCUCCCGCUCACGCUCUCAGGAGCCCGGCAGCUCUGCCUCGCGACACCACCAGGGGGCUCUCCUUGGUGGGGUCUACAAGACUGUGGUUCACGCUUUGUCGUCAAAGCCCCGGCCCCGAGGUCAAGGGUCAUCUCAGGGCUCAUCGCCACAGCGGCAGGGCCGGGCUGCCAUGGGUGACGCAUCCCUAAGAGACCUCUACUCCCAUGUCCUGGGCUACUUUGGACGAAAGACGACUUCGCCAGUCAACAAAGAGGAGGUGGUCCAGAAAGCCCGUCCAGUCUCCAGUGAUGUAGGAAGCACCAACCCAAACUUCUCUGAUCUCAUGGAUGAGUUUAUCCAGGAGAGAUUGAGGGCCAAAGGAACAGCAGGCCGUCGUGGCAGCAGCCCAGGAAGUCUGGAGGUUCCCAGGGAUCUGCCGGAGCUCCUGGAGGCAGGUCAGAGUUCCGGAUCCCGGCCCUCAGAUGAUCUUCGUCCUGUUGAUGAUCCAGGAGUUCCCUCUGAAUGGACGUCACCUGCAAGUGCCAGCGGCUCUGAUGUCAUCAGCUCAGACAGCCAGUCAGACUCUUUUAACGCCUUUCAGUACUCCACCUGCAAGUUUGAUAAUUUUACUUUCAGUUCAGAAUCAUGCGGAGGUGGUGGAGCUGGAUCUGGAGGAGGAGGAGGAGGAGGAGGGGGACGAGGCAGCUCACUGGACCAGGACAGCUUAGGAGGUGGGGUAGCCUGUGAAGAACAUGAAGUAGCCAGUUUGACAACACUUCACCUCGACUCAGAGACCAGCAGCCUCAGCCACACAGUCACUGUCACUGGUUCUGAGAGUGCAUCCCCCAUGCAUUCUCUUGGCGGUUCUCGCUCCCAGACACCCUCCCCUGCCACACUGACAGCAGAGCACACUGACCACACACACUCCCACUCGCACACACACCUACAGCUGGACCAGAAGCUCCACAACUCUGUCCUGCAGACUCCCGAUGACCUGGAAACCAGCGAGUUCCCCAGCGAGAACUGCAGUGUCAUGGCGGGCGGCUCUCUGACUGGAUGGCACGCAGAUGUUGCCACAGUAAUGUGGCGGAGGAUGCUUGGUAUCCUGGGGGAUGUCAAUGGUAUCAAAGACCCAGAGAUCCAUGCUCAGGUCUUCGACUAUCUGUGUGAACUGUGGCAAAACCUGGCCAAGAUAAGAGAUAAUUUGGGCAUUUCUCUGGACAACCAGUCAUCUCCACCUCCCCCUGUUCUGAUCCCACCCCUGAGAAUCCUCACCCCCUGGCUCUUUAAGGCCACCAUGCUGACAGAGCGUUACAAGCAAGGGAAGCUUCAUGCCUACAAGCUGAUCUGCAGAAUCAUGAAGAGACGGCAAGAUGUUUCCCCAAACACAGACUUUCUCACACACUUCUACAACAUCAUGCACCAAGGACUGCUGCACCAGGACCAGGACAUUGUAAACACCAUCAUAAAGCACUGUAGUCCCAGGUUCUUCAGUAUUGGCCUUCCUGGAGCCACCAUGCUUAUCCUGGACUUCAUCAUUGCAGCUUCUAGAGUCACCGCCUGCUCAUCACUCAAUGCUCCAAGAGUAGAGGCCCAGAUCCUGCUUGGAUCUCUGGUGUGUUUUCCCAACUUCUAUGGGGAGCUUCCAGCCCUCCAUCCCACCACAGCUGAUGUGGUGCUUACCAAGUUCCCUGACGUCAAGGAGCAUGUUAUCAAAACCAUCCUGACCUCUGCCAGGGAUGAACCCUCUGCCCCUGCUAGGUGCGUGGCUCUGUGUAGUCUGGGUAUCUGGCUGUGCGAGGAGUUAGCUCAUGGGACUCAACAUCCGCAGAUUAAAGAUGCUCUCAACGUCAUCUGUGUUACUCUGAAGUACCCCAAUAAGAAUGUUGCACUGGUGGCGUCAGACAUCCUUCACCUCCUCAUCAGUCAUGUGGAUCAUCUUCAAAAAUUCCCCCCUGAGACUCCAAAGAAGAUUGUAGAGAUUUUGAUCGCUACCAUCACGUACUUGCUGCCUUCUACCGAGUCCUCUCCACAUGAAUUGGAUAAGAGGCUGGUAGUGUCCCUCCUGUUGUGUCUAUUGGACUGGGUGAUGGCUCUGCCUCCAAAGACUCUUCUUCAACCUGUUCAAACUCGAAGCCCUCCAGAGAAGGACCAGCCUACCAAGACUCUGCUCAGCUGCAUUUAUAAGGUAUUGCAUGGUUGUGUGUAUGGAGCCCAGUCUUUCAGCAGUCCGAAGUAUUACCCACUGCAGCUGUCGGACCUGCUGAGUCCAGACUACGACCCGUUCCUACCAUUGGAGAGCCUGAGAGAACCAGAACCCCUGCACAGCCCGGAUUCUGAACGCUCCAACAAACUGCAGCCUGUCACUGAAGUUCGUAGCCGGAUUCAGCAGGGCUUGGUUUCCAUCGCUGCAAGAACAGUCAUUACGCACUUGGUCAAUCAUUUAGGACAUUAUCCAAUGUCUGGAGGACCUGCUACUCUGUCUAGUCAGGUGUGUGAAAACCAAGACAAUCCAUUCUGUGAGAGCGCAGAUCUGGGACCAGAGCUUUUUCAUUCCCCAAACCUGCAGUUUCUGGUUCUGAACGGCUCUACGCUGCUCUCAGUAUAUCAGAUCCGAUCAGAGUCUGGUGUACCAGGAGGUGGAAUGACGGCUGGUUUGUCCUCUGCUCCCGCUAACGUUCGUGUCAUCAUCCGAGAUGUGGCUGGAAAACACUCCUGGGACUCUGCCGUUCUCUACGGGCCUCCACCAUGUUCCCCAAACAGCCCAACACACACAUUUUUGUCACACACACAAUCACCUCACAGUGCAAAUCUUCAUUUACGCACCCCACCAGGAGGUCCACCGAUAAAGAUGGGAGUGAAGAGAGAAGACAGUGAAGAGGAGGGGCAGGGGGAGAAGGAGGAAGAAGAGGAUGAAAGGCAAGUGUUUCAGGCAGAGGGGGAGAUGGAGGAGGGAGAAGAGAGGAAAGUCAGUGAGGAAGAGAAGGGAGAUCAAAGAGGAGGUGAAGAAGAGGAGGAAGAGGAGGAGGAGAAGCAGAGCCUACAUAGGAUGGAUAGGGAGGAGGAUCAAGGACAGUCAGGUUUGGAACAGCUUCUAGCUCCACCAUUGGCUAAACGUGUGUGUCGGGAGGCAGUGCCUGCGUGGGACUCACUGACGGAGGGAGACGAUGCACUUGAUGAAAUGCUGCAGUACCUGGGAUACUCAAGUCCUGAGUGUCUGCAGAGAGCCGGUAUGCCCCUUAACAUCCCAGCCCCACCUCCAGUGUGUGUUUCCGAAAAACAGGAAAACGAUGUGAUCAAUGCCAUCCUGAAGCAGAGCGCUGCCGAAAGAGAGUUCGUCCUUCAUAGAGGUGAGGAGCUGAACAUGAGAGCAGUACAGCAGACUGAACCAGAGACUCAGACCCCACAGUCAGCCUUCUACUACUGCAGACUUCUGAUCAACAUACUGGGACUCAAUUCCUGGGAGAAGAGGAGUAACUUUCAUUUGUUGAGGAAGAAUGAGAAGCUACUGAGAGAGCUGAAGAACCUGGACUCACGACAAUGCCGCGAGACUCAUAAAAUAGCAGUGUUUUAUGUGGCUGAGGGCCAAGAGGACAAACACUCCAUACUAACCAACACAGCAGGCAGCCAAGCUUAUGAAGACUUUGUCUCUGGACUGGGCUGGGAGGUGGACCUCACUACUCACUGUGGCUUCAUGGGAGGUCUCCAGAGGAAUCGCAGUACGGGCCAGACUACUCCUUACUACGCUACCUCUACUACCGAAGUCAUUUACCAUGUCUCCACCCGCAUGCCCCACGACCAGGACCACAACCUCACCAAAAAGCUCAGACACCUGGGUAAUGACGAGGUCCACAUUGUUUGGUCGGAACAUUCCAGAGACUAUCGCCGAGGGAUCAUUCCCACUGAGUUUGGAGACGUGCUAAUCAUCAUCUAUCCCAUGAAGAACCACAUGUACUCCAUACAUAUACUCAAAAAACCUGAGGUGCCAUUCUUUGGUCCGCUGUUUGACGGUGCCAUCGUGGACAUGAAGAUAUUGCCCACCAUGGUCAGAGCCACUGCUAUCAACGCCAGUCGAGCUCUCAAAUCCCUCAUUCCCCUAUACCAGAACUUCUAUGAGGAGCGAGCCCGAUACCUAGAAACCAUUGUGCAGCACCACCAGGAGCCAACCACAUUUGAGGAUUAUGCAGCUCGGGUCUACAGUCCUGCUCCCUGCACACACCUGCCCUCUGACACAGGCUCCUGCCUAGAGAUUCUUCGGGGAGAAAGUCCGGCUCUUGGGGAGGCCGGGAGCGACUCGGCGUCCCCCAUCUCUCCUCGGACUAGCAAGAGCCGCAUGUCCAUGAAGCUGCGGCGCUCCUCUGGAUCGGCCAAUAAGACUUAAGCUCUUUACACUACACGGCCUAGUCCUCGAAAGAGAGGAAGGAAAUUUGGUCUUCAACAUGACACACGUUCAGAUUAACUGUUGGGGAGAAAUUCAUAUUGAUAUUCAUUGUUAUCAGAAAGACUGAUGGGUGGUGUUCACCCCUCCUCCCCGUCUCCUCCAGCAUGCUGCCGUUCUGAUCAGACACUGGCCCUUUAUGUAAAGAUCGCUUGUACUGUCAAAAACGCAACCGCUAGUAUUCUGUGCACUAUAUCAUAUAUCUUUAUAUUGAAACAGCUCGCAGCUGCCGAAUUUGUCCGUACUGUCUGAAAACCAGUUGAAGCAGUGCUGCAGCAUGCUGAUCCACAGUAGAACAAGUGCAGACUUAGCAGUGCAGUAUUAGUUCAUAACAACCCGUGCCAAGUUAAAAGUCGAGGAAACUCCAGGACUGCAGAAUGCUUGUGUGCCACAUUAUACACUGAAAUCAAACUGCAGAACGAAGAGAAACGAAAGCAAAGGCUCUUCAGUUUGUUUGGGUUGUUAAACUUUGUUACUGGGGAAUCUGUAUAUUUGUACUAUAGUCAGUCCUUGUGUGUACAGACAGAAACAUGAGUUUUGAUAUGAAAAGAAUGAAUUCAGAGCGAUUGAAUCUAUAAAGUUACCUGAAGAAAGCAAGAUAAAAGUCUAUUUUUGUUCUCAGUACAGCAUUAGACUAUAAAAAUAAGGGUCACUUCAGUCUAUUUAGUCAAUGUAAAUAGAAUCUCAUCUAUUGGCUAACCACAAUUUACAAAAAAAAUCUGUUACUAUGGAUGUGGCAACACUCGCAAGCCAAAAAUAUUCUGGGAUUGAAUUCAGAAGAAAAUCCCCUCGUUGAACUUCUGAGCGCAGACCCUUUAAGCGAAGCCAUGUGAGAGACGAAAGACCAUUAUUUGUCUUUUAUAAAGGAGAGAAAAUCACUUUCUAGAAAAAUAACAUUACUGAUCAAAGAGUAAGCACUUGUUAUAUAAAAUUUAGUUAUGACUUUUUUUUUUUUGCGCUCAUGCUGUAAAAUGUGGACAAGCACUGAUGUUAAUUGCAUAUAUUUUUCUCUUUUUUUCAUUUUUCAAAAAUUGACUGUAAAAUGUGUAUUGACCCGAACAAGAAUGUUGCUGUAUUUUUAAAUUCAGUGUCACUCCGUCAUCUGAUGCAGUUGAACCACAGCUUUUCUUUCUUUGUUCCUUUGACUAUAUAUAUAUAUAUAUUCUGUAUAUCUAUAUAUGUAUGAGUAUAAAUAUAUAUAUAUAGUAGAUAUAUGAGUAUCUAUAAGAACGUGUACAGCAUGAGGAGGUGUUGUGUGUAUAUACUGUUAUGUGAGAAUGGCUGUCAAAGCCAAACUGUGCUUUAACGUCAGACCACAUAUCUCUUUAGAGUGGGUUGACACUACACGAUUUUAUCUUUCAACAUUUUUUUCUUUUUCAUAACCAGUUUGCACUUAAUCCUGUAGAGGUUUAAAGGUAAUUUCAUUGUAGCUCAAAUAUUCCUCUUAACCGUUAAUGUACAUAAUCUCGUUACCACGGCCAGAGUGGGGGAAUUCAGUGGAAAGGAAGGCCAUCAUUUUCCUUCUUUUGAUAUAUACUCCUAAAUGAGGCUGAGUGUCUUCAGACUUUGGUUUAUGUCGUUAAGUUUUCACUACCUGAGUGGAGGUGGAAGGAGGAGGACAAACAAAAGAGAGAAGGUAAAUCCAAGGCCAAAGAGAGGGAGAAAAGUAACGCAAGUCAACUCACAGUCUACGUUUAUCAUUUAAAUGUAAAUGGUUUUGUGUUUAUCAUUCACUUUGCUCUUAUAUUUAGACUCGUCCCUGUUCUGGUUCUGCAUGGAGGGGAUCCGCAUGUAAUCACAAAAUUUAACACUAACAUCAGUUCAGCUCAGCUCAGCUCAAACUGACAAGGUUUCAAGGUUUCAUCUUGUCUUCCAUUUUACAUGAUGGCUGCUUUUCUGCAUGUCUCCACUCUUUCCUUUUUCCGUGGCGGGAUCCUGGUAAAGGAAACAUACGUGUAUGAAAGAUCUGUAUUUGAAAAUAUAGAUCUGAGUUGAAGGUUUUGCAUUAUGUUUCACUGCUUGAAGUAAAUGUGUUGAAAGCUGUAUUUUCUGUUACUGGUUCAUGUUUUAUUUCACCCCCCACCCCCACCCCCCACCUCCCGGGAGUUUAAAUUGUAAGCUUUUAAAAAUCUGCUAUUGUCAAAUUCAUGUUGUCUUUCUUUUGUGUGUAAAUAUUUAGUCAGCUACGAUUUGAAAUGUCCCUUUAAAUUAUUGCUGUUACAGUUGGCACGGUUACGUCUUCUAAGCACUUGAACAACUUGUUCAGGUUACACAUGCCAACACCACACAGCAGCACCCUGUUUGCUGUCAUACUCUUUUAAAAAAUACCAGUUGCUUCACAUGGUUUCCAGAGUCGUGAUGCUGCUUUUAUGUCGCAUGGAAAAGAUGGGAAAUUUCAUACUUUAGAUUUUUUUUUUUUUUUUUUUUUUUUUACUGAUUUAAUAACUCCUGAGGAUUACUGAGCACAAAAUGAUCUGCCCACUAAACUCAGAUAUAUGACUCCAUGAAUGUGUGUUUGUUUAGUAUAUGAACCGUAAUGAGCAACAACCAAAAUGUACAGACAACCUUAAGUUACCCAAAGAAAAUUCAUAUCAUGAAACUUUACAAAUACUUUUCAGCCUUUUUGACCCAAAUCUGACAUCUUGGUUGUCUAAAUGGGGCUGUGGUGAGACUGACCCCCCUCCCCCUUACUCAUAUCAACCACAGAAAUGUCCCGUCAUGAUUAAAAAAAUUUGGAACUUGUGUGUCGCCGGGUGCUCUGAACUUGCGUGCUGCGAUGGAUACGGGUUCAGCUGUUGUUCAGACAUGACUCUGUCACAACGCUGAUGUAUGUAACUACUGACUGUACAUACUGCAUGACGCCAGUUCAGUACUAACUGCAUGUGUUGAUCACGUAACAGCUGUAUCGCAAUGUACACACACUCCUCAAACUAUGUUACUGUCAGACCUGUGCUAUGUAAAGGUGUAAUGUCUCUUUUGGACAUACAGAGCCAUGAUGGAAUUUGACAAUAAACUGUUCAUACCACUGA